UCUGGGUCCAUCUAUGCAUUCUCCUGCUGCUGGGGCUUAAAGAGAUCACAGAGGAAGCUGAGAAGCUCACCCAAGACAACCUUCCUGGGAAGAUGCACCUGCUGCUGCUCCUGCUCCCACUCCUGCCAGCCUGCUUCCUGCCCCCCAGGACACAGGCAGGCCAGAUCAUCGGGGGACAUGAGGCCAGACCCCAUUCCCGCCCCUACAUGGCUUACCUGAAUAUCUCAGAGCAGAUGUUUUACACCCUGUGUGGGGGUUUCUUGAUCCGAAAGGACUUUUUACUGACCGCCGCUCACUGUCAAGGAAGCUCAUACAAGAUCAUCCUGGGGGCCCAUGACAUCCAGAAGAAGGAGAAGACCCAGCAGGUCAUCAGUGUGAGCAGAGCCAUCCCCCACCCAGACUAUAAUUCUAAAAACUUCUCCAAUGACAUCAUGUUACUGAAGUUGGCGAAAAAGGUCAAGAUGACCUCAGCUGUGAAGCCCCUCAAGCUGCCCAAUCCCCGGGACCGGGUGAGGCCAGGACAGGUGUGCAGUGUGGCUGGCUGGGGGAGGACUUCUGCCCGCUGGAAGAAAUACCCAGACACACUACAGGAGGUGAAACUGACCUUGCUUGAGGAUGAGGAGUGUGGAUCUCGGUUCCGAAACCAUUACAAUAAUGCCAUUCAACUGUGUGCUGGAGACCCAAAUGAUGAUAAAGCUUCCUUUCAGGGCGAUUCUGGGGGUCCUCUCGUUUGCAACAACAUGGCCCAGGGCAUUGUCUCCUUUGGACGAAAAGAUGGCACACCUCCACGGGUCUACACCAAGAUCUCAAGUUUCCUUCCCUGGAUAAAGAAGACCAUGAGAAGCCACUGAUUUCAAGAACUAGACUAUUAUGUGGGACUAAUGUAGCAUCACCUUCAAGAGACACCUGAAAUGGAAUAAAUGUCUCUUAUCUGAGUGGGAA